CCCAUACUGCUCAAAUAUCAGAACUGAACAACUGAACACUGGGGGUGUAUUUCUCCACCCCUCAUGCCCAUCCUUUGCCAUACGCCUCACGCAUGAAGCACAUUUGCGUGCAGGAGGAUGUCCAUCUAUUAGCUAAUCACAAGCGCUCAGACAGUUAUUAGUUAUUCACCAAACAAGGUGCAGAUGUUUCUUAUGGAAAAGAGUGAGAUGGAGAGAAGAACAGAACUGGUAUUGCCGGCACAUCUUCCAAGACACGUCAGGACCAAGCGGGAUACGCCAGCCGCGGCCAGAGAGAGGAGGCACAGGGGGCACAGGUCUGUGAAGGUCCAAGAGGCUCCCAGGAGGAAGGAUAGGGUGAGGAGCGAGAAGACAGGCCACGAGGACACUGCCCGAGACAAACCGGGAGCAUCCAGCAGCACGGUGAUCAAUGUGGACAGCGUGAGAGAGAAGACAAGAGAGGAGGACGAGGAGCUACUGGGUCUGUUGCAGAGCGAUGAAGAUGAAGCUUUAAAGCCACACAGUUUCGGAGUUUGCGAGCUGCUACUCAUAGUCGCCGCUCUGACCGCGGUCAUAUUCUUCUUUCCCGUUUCACUUUGGUUCUGCGUGAAGAUCGUGAGAGAGCAUGAGCGUGCAGUGGUCUUCAGGCUGGGUCACCUGCUGCAGAGGAAGCCCAGGGGAGCAGGUCUGCUUUUUUACCUGCCCAUUUUGGAUGUUUGUCAGAAAGUCGAUAUACGACUGAAAAUGCUGAAGGUUCCCCUUCACACGGUGGUUACGAAGGACCUGGUGUGUACAGAGGUGAGUGCCGUUUGCUACUAUCGCAUCGAGAAUGCGUGCGUGUGCUGCUCCUCCGUGGCGGGGGUUACCGAGGAACUGCAGGCUCUCGUGCAGGUUUCCAUCAGGGAAGUGCUAGCCCAUCACUCCUUCACUCAUAUACUGCAGAACAGGAGCACCCUUGCCCAGGAGAUCCAGGUUGUACUAGAUUCCAUUGCCUGCAGGUGGGGAAUCAAGGUAGAGGCAGCUCAUAUGGAGGACGUGCAACUUCCUCCUGAGCUUCAGCAUAAUUUUGCUGUCGAGGCUGAAGCAAAGAGGCAAGCUCAAAUCAGACUGAUUGCAGCAGAGGGAGAGAAGGCAGCGUGUGAGGUUCUCAGGGCCUCUGUCGAUACUCUCUCAAGCUCCCCUCUGGCUGUCCAACUACGGCUCCUCCAGCUUCUCCACACGCUGCGCUCAGAUCAGCCUGCUGUGCUCCUCAACCUCCCAUCUGACCUCCUCAGCCAACCCCUGCAGCUGUCAACUACAGCCAGCUCCACCAAUCAGAACUGUCCCGUGGAUGAUACCUCACAGGAAACAGCUAAAGAUUCCCCUAUGAUGUAAUAAAGAGUCCCAUUAUGAAAACAAAAUAUGACAAAGUAAUGAAUGAUCCAUUAUGAAUGCAUCAAAUGUGUUGAUCAUUUAUGUCAAAUAAAUGGUGUGAUAAAAAGAAAGAUGUUUAAUUUUUCAGA